AUGAGUGGUUUUUUGCAUAGAGAAGAUUUCUCUUUGGGUCCAAUUAGUAUUGAUUGGAUUGAACAUGGGCUGUAUUUAGGGAGUUUAGCAGCUGCCAAGCAUAUACCAACAUUGGUAAAGUACAAAAUAACGCAUAUAUUGACUAUCGACACAGUUCCAUUACCAAGGAAUAUACUGGAAUUACCUGGGGUUACUGUAAAGUUCAUACAGCUUGCCGAUCAACCUAAAGAGGAUCUUUUAAGUUAUUUUGAGGAUACAUACAACUUUAUUGACGAGGGUAUUAAAGAAGGGCAUGUUUUCGUACAUUGUUAUUUUGGAGUUUCAAGAAGUGCCACUGUGGUACUAGCAUACUACAUGAAAAAAUACAAGUUGGGCUUCGCCGAAGCCCUAGAAAAAGUUAAGAAAAGGCGCUCUAUAGUGCACCCAAAUUACGGUUUCGUAGCCCAGCUAAAACUCUACCAUCAAAUGGGCUACAACAUUGACAAAAACAACCCCCAAUUCAAGAUGUUCCGCUUGGGGAACGCCGCGGACACGGUAAGGAAAGUUAAAGUACUCCCGCCGAAUUUUUUUGACUUGAUUAAACCAGACCCAGGGCGAACUCAAACCGAACCAAACCCCAACGUGUACAGAUGCAAAAAAUGCAGACGAGUAGUAGCUUCGGAGAAUAACCUUUUGACGCACAAAAACAAGGGGAAAAUUUGCACUAAAACGUAUUUCAUCGAGCCCAUAGCCUGGAUGAACGUAACGCACAGCGUUCAAGGUAAAUUGUGCUGUCCUAAAUGUCAAGCUAAAUUGGGGUCGUACAGUUGGAUCAUGGGCUGCCAGUGUCCUUGUGGGGUCAAAGUUGCGCCUGCGUUUUACUUGACCCCAUCAAAGGUUGAUUUUAGUAAUGUUGUAAAGAAUGUUGAAAUGACGUUUUAG